AGCGGGGCUGGAGGGGGGAGGGCAGGAGGGUGCGGGGAGCACAGGGUUGGGGGAAGGAGUCAGCUCCCAGACCCAGGACGGGGAGCCGGGCGCUUCACCGUGGUCUGGGCCUGGCUCUCCCGCCCGCCGGGGGGCCGCGGUCCUCAGGGCCUCGUGCCAGCGCCGGCAGGAUGGGACAGCCCCUCCCUGCGCUCCCCCCGCCGCGGUCGCUGUGUAUCCAUCGGCUCCGGCCGCGUAACGAGCUGCCGCCCACCGCGGCUCCGGCUCCUGAGGUCAGGGCUCCCCUGGCAGGUCUCUCCAGGGCUGGCUGGUGGGGAUGGUCCCAUACGCGUCUGGGGGGUGGACAGUCCGGCGCGGCGUUGGGACCGGCUGGGCCGCAGGUCCCGCCCCUGCUGACGCCCCCGACUCAUUCCCGCUGCCGCCGAGGGGCGGGAUGUUGCCGAGACGCUGGGGCUUCCUGUCCGCGUCUUCCUCAUCAGCUUUUCGGAGGUGUCUCUUCCGUUCUCCGUGUGCGGGGAGUCAGUUCUCGCACUUACAGAGGCCGGCGAUCAUCCCAGAAGGAAAGCUGGUGCCCAUUAGCAGUCACGUGCUGUCCCGACUGGCCCCCUGCCGCUGCUGAUCUCCCUCUGGGUCUGCAGACUCGCCUUCUCUGGACCUUCCCGUGCCACCCGCGGUCCCCUCUGUGUGGCCGCCUCCGCCCCGUCAGGACGUCGUUGCUCAGAAGGCCUCUCAAAACCCCGCUGAGACCGGGGCGUCACGGGGAUGUCUUGGGGACGACGGUGGAGUGUCGCUCCCCUGUGUGGAUGAGGGGCUGUUUCCAGGGUGGAGCCAGGGCAGUCGCGCCGCGUCCUCGGGAGGAUGCCUGGAGCAGGGCCGUGCGGCCGCGCGGGAAGACACAGCCGUCCUGCGGCCCGUCUCGCGUGUCUGCUGGCAGCUGGCGAGGCUCCCGCCCCGGGCCGUCCGCGCCUGGCCAGAGCCUGCCGCUCCGCCUUUCUGACCACGGCGGCCCCCAGGAGGCACAGGCAUCUGGAGGAGGAAUCGCGAGCUCUGCUGGACCCGCCGUCCUUCGACUGGCCUGUGUGUGGGAGACGGUUUAGCGCCGCCUGGGGAAGGUCCGGCCUUGCCCUUGGCCCCUGGUUGGCCUCUAGGAACGUUCUGCCUGAUAAGGUGGUCUUUUUCUUAUCUGGGCUUGGGGCCACCCCAGCUGGUCUACCAGUGGGAUGCAGGGUGGGGCCUUGGGGAGCGUUCGAUCAGUGUGUCCCCAGAGGGUCAGCCGACCUCGGAGCCCCCACAAAGACCCCAGACACCAGCGCUCGGCGGGCCGCACUUCAAGCAGCACAGCAGACCCGCGCAUGUCCGCAUCGGGAAAGUGACGCUGUGUCUGACCCCGGCCAGCGGGCCGUGGGACAUGGGUGAGGCCCCAUCGGAGCCCUGCCCUGCGCCCCCUCCCUGCUCCCUGUUCCCCGCUGGCGUGUGCUGGGGUCUGCUCGCGGGCGGAGCGGUAACCCUGAUGGCAUCCGCUCUCCUGAGCUCCGCCAGCCCUGGAAGUGAGCUAUCAAAUCUGAGUAUGGUCUCGGGGACCCCGGGCUGUGUCCAAAGUGGACAGGGGGAGCCCUGUGUCUGUCCCUCUGCAUUCACGACCGUCCUGUGAUGACCUGUCCUGAGGCCCCCAGCCCACCUUGUUUGGACUCAGAACUCAGGCCCCGGCAUGCCUGGGGUCACAGUCGAAGGGUGACAUUGGCCUGGGGCACUCAUCCAUGGAGGGGGACAUUGGCUGGGUCAGGUUGCUGUCCUCGAGGCCCGCUGCCUUGUCAGAGUCCCCUGGCGGGCUGGGCUGCGGGUCUGCGGUGCCCAGCGGGUGCAGAGAGGAGGGCUGGACUGGGGGGCGGGGGCUGUCAGCCACUCCUGGGCUCCGGCCCCCCCCUCGUGGCCACGUCCCUCCUCCCAGACGGGGCUGACUCAGAGCCCAGCGCAGAGAC